AUGGUAAAAAAAGAUGUGUACGUGUCACGGCACUUUGGGAACGAUUCUCAGUUUUGUGGAUCCAUUGCUGAACCUUGCAGAACGCUCGCACGGGGCAUAGAGAUUGCUGACCAUAAUGAUCGUGUUCUCCUGGAUGGAACAUUGACCAAAUCAAACCCAUACAAUUGCACAACAGGCAAACCUAGGCGUGUUCUCUUUGAAGGCAAUGGCUCCAUUUCAAUACAUGUCAGCCUUGAAAUAACUGCAAUAUCUUCACCUGCCUAUAUGUCUUGUGAGAAGCUACUGCAGUUCAUUGGUUUACCAUCCAGAGGAAAAACAAUGAAUGUUAACAUCUCGGGUAUCGUUUUUGUGAACACCUCAUUAAAAUUCGUUGAUUCUUCUGUUUCCUUUGUACACUGCAGCUUUCGUCAAGCUGUCAAUCAGAUUGAAAUAACAUUGGCUUUCCAACAAACUGCUUCAUUGACAGUAGAAAGUUCCAUAUUUUUCAACAACGCGGGUUGCAUUCGAGUAGAAUUGACAAGGCAUACUACUAAUGUGGCGAUCAAAUUAAACAAAGUGAGGUUUUUGCAAAACAGCCCUUUCUUGGAGCAGGAAGGUGGUGGAAUCUCCAUUUAUAGCAAAACGCAGAAUGAGGCCAAAAAAGUGUCUGUUUCUGUAUCUUGUAAAAAUACAGUAUUCUCAGGCAACACAGGUCCUUUAAUUACGAAUAACGCAAAUGUUUCAGAAAGCAACGAAGUUUACCAGGAUGUCAAAUUUCUAAGAAACUAUGGGUUAAACCGUACAGCUGGAGAAAGUCUAUACUUCUCCAUGGCAAAAAGCACGGUGUGUAUCUUCGAUAACUUUGUAUCUACGGGAAAUACAAACUCCAGAUGUGUUGAAUUUCGUUCUUAUAAAGUUAAGCUCGAAGUUCUCAACUCACACUUUGGAGGGCACACUCUGAGCUCAGUAGGAUCAUGUGGCGGAGUGUUCCUGGUGAAAGCAAAACACUCUAUGAUCGUGAUAAUCAACGAGUCAUAUUUUAGCGGAAAUAAGGCCGACAACGGUGGAGCAUUGGCACUUAACAGCACUGAAGCAAUAAUAAACUUAAUAGUGGUGAAAUCGAACUUUACAACAAAUUCAGCCGCACGUUACGGUGGAGUGCUAUUCGUUGAGAGCAAACGUGGACCUGUCAAUUUCAGGGCAAGUCAUUCCACCUGGUUGGCAAACUGCGGUUCCGCGGUUUUCAUUGCUCCAUGUUCUAAGACCACUGUCGUAGUAGAAAGUUGUAAAUUUAUCAGUAAUUAUCCUGACAGGUGUUAUGGAAACUUCGUUGUUAGAAGUACUGUUGGAUUAAUACAGGUAUCACUCACCCAGUGGAGGAGGAAUUCGCAAGGUAUCUAUGUAGAAUGCAACUGUGUCGUGAACUUUACAAAGGUGAAUGUUACAGGAUGCAAAGGGAGAGCGUUGACCAUUUUCUCUAAAAAGGGAACAAAUACAACAGUUCCUAUGAAGCUUUAUUUUGAUCAAUGUUUGUUCCGUGCAAACAAGGAAAAUGACAUAAGCAUUUCCUCCACGAAUAAUUAUUUGGAGCUCUCUCUUUCAUUGAUCAAUUUCUAUGAAAAGAAGGUCAUAAAGGGUCAAGGAUAUAGUGCAUUGGCAGUUUUAGUGGGGGAUACUGCCCUUAGGUCGCAAAUACUGAUGGAUAAUAUUCAUAUUGAGGAUUUUGUUGGGGCUGCAUCAGUGUCUCUUCGGUUAGAAGGAGCGGAGAACGUUAUCACUCUAAAGAACAGCAAGUUCCGCAACAUUAAAAGCUAUUUCUCAGAAAGAUACCACACAGAAGCUAGCCCAUUGUCUUUCAUUGUGCGAUAUGAUCACCUUCAUCAUAAUAUCUGCUCACGCCCGUAUGUGAGCUAUCAAUACCGAAGUAGUAUAAUAAUCGAGAAUACGUCUUUUGUGGAUAAUAUCGGACACAUGUCGGGUGGUGUCUAUGGGCAAAAUGGGAACAUAACUAUACGCUAUUGCACCUUUGAAAAUAACUUUGCUAUCCAAAGCGGCGGAAACAUCCAUGUCACGGAUGGGACUGCAGCAAUUCAGAUUGAAAAUUCCUACUUCAGACAAAGUUUGGAGGAGAAGACUUUUGCAAAUGAAACGUACGUUCACGAUACAUCAAUUUAUUCUGAGAGCACUGGUCCACUUCUUCUGCAAAAGACACUCGUUGUAACGGACUUGGAGAAAAGUUCGUAUCGCCUUUUCACCGUAACUAAAGCUGGCGCCGUAAUCUUCGAUAAGUUUACAAGCGUACAAUGCGCAGUCGGUAGUGCGCUUAGGCUCGACAACUUUUCACAUUUCAUUAUUUGGCCUUACGACCUGCAGUGCAAGCUGAAGAUGACUGUCUUAACACUGUCUUGCCAUCAGUGUCCAUUGAACAUGUAUAGCCUCGAGAGAGGAGAAGUAACCACUCUUCAAGGCCGAAGCAAUACGUCAUUUAAACCUUUUUCGUGCAGGUUUUGUCCUAAUGGGGCAAAUUGUUCUCGGAAUAUCUUUGCCAAACCGAACUACUGGGGUUAUCCUGACUCCAGUGGCCGCAUGCAGUCACUCAAGUUUGUUCACUGCCCACCAAGUUACUGCGCUCCAACAACUGGCAGACAGAUCACAAAUCUGUCAGUGUACAAUAGAUGCUAUGGCAACCGAGAUGGCAUUAUGUGUGGAAAAUGCAAGAAUGGAUUCACGGAGACUCUGUUUAGCAAGAAAUGCGAACAAAAUGUAAACUGCAAGGAUAAAUGGGUUUUGAUUCUGAUACCGAUUUACGUUGCGACAUUAGCCUUGCUCUUUAUUUUUGAGCCACCGAUUAUAAAAAUCCUUGUAAGAAACACUCUUUGGUUUAGAAGAACACUCCCUUAUAUGAUGGAGUAUCAACCUCUUGCUCGGAGGGAUAAUUUCUCGAAAGGUUUCACAAAGAUCAUCUUCUAUUUUUAUCAGAUCGCCAGCUAUCUCACUUUGCAGUCUUUCACGGAGAUGGCCAGAGAAGCACCAUAUCUCUCGUUCUUUAUAGGUCUUUUCAACUUCCAAACAAGAAUUUCACAAGGAGGUUUGGGUUGUCCGUUUCCUGGACUGACUGUUGUAACAAAAGAGCUGAUACAUGCUCUAGUCGUUAUAGCGACGUUGCUCGCAAUACAAUUGAUCUUGGUGCUGCAUUUUUGUUUUAACAAACUGAUGAAGCGACAGCCUCCAACGAAGGCCCGUUAUUACGGAGCCACCCUGCGAACCCUGUUGCUUGGAUAUGCGAUUCUGGCCAACGCGUCUCUGAAGCUUUUGACCUGUGUUCCUGUUCUGGGCGAAAGGAGAUUGUUCUUUGAUGGGAAUAUCAAGUGCCUUGCGUGGUGGCAAUACCUACUCAUUGUUUUCAUUGUCGCCUUCCUUAUUCCUUUCGUAGUGGUCAUCCACUGGGGUGCGAUGAAGCUUAGAAGAAAACGUAUCUCAGUAGAGCAUUUCAUCAUAGCCUGCUUCUUUCCACUAGGUUUUCUCCUCUACUGGCUCCUUCAAAAGUUCCUUGGCUGGAGGUACCAUAACCAGGUCGCAAGCGAGUCACAACAAGUGAUCCUGAAAGUUUUGCAUGAUCCGUUUCGUUCUCCAACCCCGGGACAAACUGGAACCUUAUACUGGGAAAGCGUGUUCAUUGGUCGACGAUUCCUGCUUCUUUCUUACCAAGUCUUCUUCCCAGAUCCUCUUGUGCGCCUUUUCUGCAUGGCAAUAACAUGCGUACUCGUCUUCACGUGGCACGUGGCUACCAAGCCGUUCCGAGACUGGAAAGCAAACGUCUUGGAAGCAAUCUGUCUCGCUGUUUUAGUGGUCAUAGCAAAUAUCAACCUUGUGCAGGCUUUCUUUCUGUCGGCUGGAGCUACACCUGAAGGUUCAGUCAAAAGUAAUGUCAAUAUUCUGCAACAAAUUGAGAUCAUUCUGCUAGGAGUUUUUCCAUUAUUUUUGGCUUUGCUGCUUCUCUUUGCUGUUAUUUCCCAAGUGCUCCGCUUAAUUGUACUGGUAUUCAAAUUUCUGGUCCAUCUAUUUCGUAAAAUAUUUACAUUUGCGAUUAUUCGACAAAUUAGGGCAAGGAGACAGCAGUACGAUUCCAUAAACUAA